CUCAAUAGGUGUUAUUGCACUUCAGUACCGACGAUAAUUUUGGCGUAUGUUUGCAGCUUCUAUCGUUUUUUGUAUUUUAAAAAUUAUAAUUGUCGGUGUCCAUAGGAUUCUGGGAUGAUUUCCGGUUCUAAAAGGAGAAACGUCAUUCUGCUGUACGGAAGGCAUCUGCCAAAGAUACAUGUUGAUUCGGCGACAGCUGCAGGCGCCUACAGAAUGAAUACAUUUAGAGCUCGAAAAAAGGAUGACAAUCAUGGUUUCGGCAAUGAAACAAGCGGUGCCGCUCUACAACGGCUGCCACAUCCGUGGUGUAGUCUGGGAGGCGACCAUGGUAUGGAUGGUGCACUUGCGCGUUUGCGGCUACGUUUUUGCUCCCACUGAAAAGCCAUCGAGAUGGAAGAAGUUUUUACAAUGCAUAUUGGCCAUCUACUUUGCGUUGAUAUUGGCCGCUAAGGCUCUUACUCUGGUUGAUGCAAUCCGGUCGGGUUACGGGGAUCUAUCCAACUGGUUCACUUCCCAGAUUAUGAAACUACUGGACGUGACGCAGAUCUGUGGUAAUGUACUGGCGAUGAUCCUGCUCUGCUUGUCUGGUCGACGCAUUGCGCAACUGAUACAUGCACUUGACGAAAGUUUUGCCGUUCGUAUAGCCAAAACACGGCUUCGUGCCGUUGCUCUUGGUAUGGCGCUAUUCUUGCUGAUCGUACUAAUGAAAAAUGCGUAUCGAAUUUACGCCAAACAGUUUGACCCUUCUGUCGCCCGCGGCAUCGAGAAUUUUCAGCAGCGCUAUCCUUUUAUUCAAUCGCCAGUUAUUGCGGAAUACGUGUACCGCUUCUACUGUGCUUUGGACCGAAUAUUCUACAUGGGAUACGACUUUCUGGUGGGUUUCAUGCUGACCAUCAUGUUGCUGAGCAGCAAAGGAAAGCGUGCUACUGCUCUAAACUUGGAUGGUCGACUGGUUAAGGCCAUGGCUAUUUUGGCUUUAAUCGUUUUGAAAUGAGCAGUUUUUCCUUCUGCUUCGAAACGUACAUGGAAUUUAGGUCUAUCUAUGUAUCCAGUGAAAAUUAAGAAAAAUUCAGUACGAACCAGCCCAAACGCAACUUAAACGAUGCGGUUUAAAAUUUGAAAUAAAAUAAUUCCACUAAAAAAGGAACUAGUCUGCACACGCUAGUGGGAAAAUUCCAUCUAACCAACCAAAAAAUCCAGAACAUGGUCCUCUUGCACCUUGCGAGGGCUUUUUUCAAAAAACAAAUUUUUAAAUUUACCGCCUUUAAAAAACACUUUUACACUUGCUGGUUAUCGUUAUAACUCUAGUGAAACCGAAAAUUUUUAAUUCGCUCUCGCAAUUAAGCUUUUGAGAUGUUCUUGCAUCUGUUGCCCGAGUUUCAAAAAAGUCUUAUAACUCUGAAAUUAGAAGUUAAUUUUCAAAGUUAUUU